AUGUACUCAAACUCGUCAGCUCAUGGCCUGCCAUCAUGGCAGGCACAGCCUCCGUACCAGACGACCCAGAAUGCUUACAUUCAAGUUCCAGCUCGUCAAGCCUUCAGUGCAACUGCGCCUCUUCCUCCACCGCCGAACUACUACCCGCCUCCGCAGUACAUGCCUUCACCUUCACCUUCAACAAACACUGUCGCGGGACCUGCCUCAUCAGCCCCACCUGCGAAAAAGAAAAUGAAUUGGUCUCCAGAAGUUCGUGACUAUGUCAACCGAUCAUUUGCCCAGGCUGCCGCCGUUCCUGGAAUCAGCAAAGCGGAGGUUGAAGCCAAGCUCAGGGAUAUAAUCACAGAGGCCACACAAAGCGGAACACUAGACACAAUCAACUGGAAAGAGGUCCCGCUACCGCAGCAGAUAAUCCUGGAGGAACGAAAUCGUGCUGUUCUUGCCCCUGUUCCCCCUCCAUCCUAUGUUCCGUUUGUACCUGUUGCAGCUCCAACUCCGGCCACAAAUCCGCCACAUCCUGACGCUCCACGUAAGCGCAAGUCUACCGAAAUGUCUAAAGAUAGCGUUGAGGGCACUGCGGUACCACCAUGGAGAGCCAACGCGCAACCGCUUGCAGACCGGAUUUCAUUUUCUUCUUCUGACAAGCGGCCCAAGCUCGACAUGAGCACCUCCGUAAGUAAAACAAACGCAAGUUUGGAAUCCCGCAGACGACGGUUUGAGGACUCGCGUGCCGGAUCAAACUCUCCACGUACACAAGAAUCAUCUCGCGGAGCCUCACCAGAUGCGAAAAUGACUGGGCCGAUCGUGGGUCGGUCACAAAAGCUUGAGAAAAACUACUUCCGAUUGACUUCUGCACCAAAUCCUGAUGAUGUUCGGCCUCUGGAGGUUUUGCGCAAGACGCUGGAACUACUCAAGAAGAAGUGGCGCAGUGACGGCAACUACGCCUACAUCUGCGACCAGUUUAAGUCACUGCGGCAAGAUCUGACCGUGCAACACAUCAAAAAUGAAUUCACCACGAGCGUUUAUGAAUAUCAUGCACGAAUCGCACUGGAAAAGGGUGACCUGGGUGAGUAUAACCAGUGCCAGACUCAACUUCGGGAGUUGUACAAACAGAAUCUUGGCGGUCACCCUGUGGAGUUCAAGGCAUACCGUAUCCUCUAUUUCAUCCACACCUGCAACCAGACUGACAUGAAUGACGUGCUCUCUGAUCUAACCCCCGCAGACAAGAAAGAACCGGCCAUCAAACAUGCUCUGGAGGUACGCUCUGCCCUUGCACUAGGAAAUUAUCACAAGUUCUUCAAGCUAUAUCUUACUGUCCCGGACAUGGGUGCGUACUUGAUGGAUAUGUUUGUAGAACGCGAGCGACUCGCAGCGUUGGCCUGUUUGUGCAAAGCUUACAAACCUGAUGUACGGUUGCGUUUUGUGACCGAAGAACUUGGGUUCGAAUCGGAUGAAGAGGCCUGCCAGUUCAUCCUAGAUCAUGUUCCAGAAGAAUCAUCGCCACAGUUGUUGGAAGAACGUGACGGGGAUGUUCGCUUCCUGACCGGCAAGGUGGGAUCGAUUUUCCAGAUCGCCAAAAACCGAGCAUUCGGGCAGGUCGACAUCAAGGGUCAGAUUUGA